AUGGCAUCUAGCGUCACGCCCGAAAACCAUCGUGUCGGUGAAAACUGGAGUGGAAGCAAUCCUAUCCCGACCGUCCAGAAGUUCAUCGAGCGUCUUGACGUGGAGAAAAAGGAACGAGACCAACGAAUUGACCAGGAGGAAAAGGCUCGUACGGAGCGAAUCAGUCAGCACCGAAAUCAGCAAGCAACUGCAGGAAGCUCGAAAGACGAUCCAAAUGUCGAAGUCACGGCCCACCAGGCCCGUGAGGUGGCACGGUCCAAGGUCCGGACGGUGACCGACCCGACUACCGGCAAAGAUAUCGGAGUCGAGGAUCAAGGACCUGAGUCCAUGGAGACCGUCAAGAAUCCAAUGUUGACCGUUCCGAAUGCCAAUCUCGGCAGACCAACCGAACAUCAAACCAGUGCCGACCAAGACCCAGAUACCUACAAAGAGAAGCAAGAUAUCACCGCUCCUCCGGAUCCCAUUGCCGAAGGAACAACGUCCGAUGUACCUAUUCGCGGCGAAAAGACAAACAUUCUGUUCCACCCUACUCCGACUGUGAACUACAAACCCAUGUUUGAUGAAUUGGAGAAGCGUGGGACAGCCUUGUGCGUUGGAAUCGCACUAGCUAUCAUCUUCUUGGGCCGAGUCUUUGGGGGAUCUUUGCUGGGCCUUGUCCCACUGGCAUUUUGCGUAACCAGCGGUGUCUGGCUAUGGGUCCAGGAGGUCAUCAAGAGCGGCAGACAGAUGGAGUGGAAGAGCGAAAAGCUUCGUGGGCAGAUGGCGACCGCAAACUUACUUCCCGAGUCCGUCGAAUGGAUGAACUCAUUCAUGUCCGUGAUCUGGGGUCUGAUUCCUCCGGACAUGUUCACGCCCAUGGCCGACACGAUCGAAGACAUUAUGCAAGCCUCUGCGCCUGGGGUGGUCGAGAAUGUUCGCAUUGCUGAAAUCGACCAGGGCAGCAACCCUCUUCGCAUUCUCAGCAUGCGUGCUCUUCCAGACAACCACGUCAACCAUCUCAAGGAGAACAGUCACCUGGAGAACAUCAAGAACAAGGAUCCUCAAGAGGCCGCAGCUGUAGAGGAAGGAGGUAGCUACUACAACAUGGAAGCCUCUUUUGCUUAUCACGCUCAGCCGAGCAGUGAGUCUGCGUCCUCGAAAGCUCGCAAUAUGCACAUGAAUCUCGUGUUUUACCUCGGAAUCCGAGGUCUUUUCGGAGUUCCGUUCCCAGUCUUUGUCGAACUGACAGAGCUGGUCGGAACAGUCAGACUGCGCUUCCAAUUGAUGCCAGAGGCACCUUUCAUGAAAGAAGUGACGUUCAGUCUUGUGGGAAUUCCACACGUGCGCGCUGGCUGUAUGCCAAUGCUGAAACGCGGUGUGAACAUUCUCAACUUGCCAUUGAUUUCAAAGUUUGUCAACUACGCUAUUAGCACGGCAUGUGCAAUGUUCGCAGCACCGAAGUCCAUGACAUUGGACCUGAGUAUGUUGCUCAAGGGUGACGAUAUUCAGAAAGACACUCAUGCACUCGGUGUCAUGUGGGUUCGAAUCCACCGUGCCGUCGGGCUGAGCAAGCAAGACCGACGUGGCAGUGAAGGUGGCGGCAGCGAUCCGUACAUAAACCUGUCAUUUUCAAAAUACGGUAAACCCAUGUACUGCACGCGCGUGAUCACGGACGAUCUGAAUCCCAUCUGGGAGGAAACCGCUGCUCUUCUGGUAACGCCAGAGUUGAUCAAGGCGAAUGAAAACCUGAGCGUUGAACUUUGGGACUCGGACCGCCAUACUGCCGAUGAUAUCUGCGGAAAGGUGGAGCUUCCCAUUCGUGAAAUGCUUCAACACCCAGGACAAAUGUAUCCCCAGGUGUCCAACCUGCAAGGUUUGGAAGACGGUACUGACAUGCCUGGUGAGCUUCACUGGGAGGUCGGGUAUUUCGGAAAACCAAAGCUGCGCCCUGAGCUUCGCACAGACAGCAGGAAGAAAGAUCUCCCUGAGAAUUUGCAAGGAAAUCCGACCUUCGAAGAUGACAAAGGCACUAUCACCAACGAUGAAGAGGAUGCAGUUGCUCAUACACCUCCGGACCCGCUCUGGCCAAGUGGUAUCUUGUCUGUCAUUGUUCACCAAAUCGUCAAUCUUGAGCUCAAUAAUGUCAACGGAAGCGACGGAAAUCGUAAGGGUAAAGAAUUUGAGCCUGCUAAGGCAUAUGGGGAGAACACUGAGGAGGAGGGCAAGCAACUGCCUACCAGCUAUUGUAAAAUUCAGCUCAACGACGAAUUGAUCUACAAAACACGAGCCAAAGCCGUCAGCUCCAAGCCUAUCUUCAACGCUGGUACCGAGCGUUUUGUACGUGAUUGGCGAUCGGCUGUGGUUACUGUUACGGUGCGAGAUCAACGAUACCGCGAGCACGACCCCGUCCUGGGUGUUGUGCCCAUCAAACUUUCCGAAGUCCUGGAAACCAGCUCUCAGGUUACACGAUGGUACCCACUAGACGGUGGUAUUGGCUUUGGGCGCAUCCGUAUCUCUGUGCUUCUCCGCCAUGUUGAAACCAAGCUCCCACCCAACAUGCUUGGCUGGGAUGUUGGUACUUUUGAAUUUGCUGGCGAAAGGAUCGUUGCCAAGGGCUACGGCCAUCAUGGCAAGAUCAAACUUCGUACAAGUGGAAGUACGGGCAAGGUCGGCCGCCGAGUGGCAACACUGGAGGGCAAAGACUUAACCUUCGACAUCUCCGAUCAGACGUAUCGCGAUGGACUGCGGCUGCCCGUUAAGCACAGAUACCGCUCUCCAGUCGUCUUUGAGUUCCACAACCAAAGUAAGCGAGGCACCGCCGCCUACGCGGUCCUUUGGUUGCAGCACUUGAUCGAUAAUGAAGAGUUGGAUAUCGACAUCCCGAUUUGGACCACCAAGAAUGGUUCUCGUCUCACCCAAAACUACGUCACAGAAGAGAACUACAAGUCAAAGAUGAAUCCUGGACUCGAGGACUUGACUGAGGUCGGCCGGUUGCAGUUCAGAUGCAUGUUCUCUCCGGGCACGGAUGAAUCUCAUGAACGAUUCGUCACCGAUAAUGAUUCGCGCGAGACCUUUGAAGCUUGGGAGGCAUGUGCUGCGCAAGGUGUUCGCUCUCGUAGUGUUGCCAUUGAUGUGCCCAAGGAGACUUUGGAGAAACACGAACAGUCCCUCAUUGAUGGUCGCGAUAUCCUGAAGCAAGCCGAUCCCAGCGAGCGCCACGAGUGGAUCGACUAUGAAGGCAAUGACUGGAGCGGUGCCUUUGGCAGUGACCCUCGCGCCUUCACCGACGCCAACGGGCAAAAAGUGGCUGAACCGGGCCGUGAUCAGCCGCCUAAUGACCCAAUCGCGCCGCAGACUUCGAAUGACGGAAUGGCCACAGACAGUGGGCACAAGGAGCCGAACCAGACUACGCAAGAAAAUCGCGAAACGACCGGGACGCCGAACUCGCCGCGUACAUUCGACUCCGAUUCUGAUUCCGAUUCGGAAACCGAACCCGGCAAGUCCUGGAGCCCUUCGACAGUGAGCCCUUCGGAGAGGCGGUCAUCCGGAGCCGCCAGUAGCCAAAUGAGCCUUAAACAAGCCAAAGGAGCCAAUCGACGAACUGAAUUACGAACCCAUCGUGGCAUCAUGCAGUGGAAGCCCGCACGGAACGUGGCCUUUGCUAAGGAUGAGGCGGUGUUUGCGCUUCGAAAGUUGAAGACGAAGGUUGGCAUGGGUGACAUGACUGGUCGGGAACCCGAUGUCGAGACUGAGACUUGA